GAGGCUCCGCCUUUCAGACGCUUUGGGCCCUUUCGGCUUUCCGUAUCCGGCUGCGACGUCAAGGCUCGCAGAUGCUGUGAUUCCUUGUCAGUCGAACAUGGCGGCUCAGAAGAUCAACGAAGGCUUGGAGCACAUCGCGAAGGCCGAGAAAUAUUUGAAAACUGGCUUGCUAAAAUGGAAACCAGACUACGAUAGCGCAGCAACUGAAUAUUCAAAGGCAGCUGUUGCUUUUAAAAAUGCCAAACAGUUCGAUCAAGCAAAAGAAGCAUAUUAUAAAGAAGCUGUCUCCCAUGAACAGAAUAAAGCGCUUUUCCAUGCUGCAAAGGCUUACGAACAAGCUGGUAUGAUGUUAAAGGAAAUGCAACAACACCAUGAUGCAGUGGAACUGAUUCAGAAAGCCAGCAUGAUGUACCUGGAAAAUGGAACACCUGAUACCGCAGCUAUUGCUCUAGAUCGUGCUGGGAAGGUAAUAGAAAAUAUAAAUCCAGACAAGGCUAUUCAGUUGUAUCAGCAGACAGCAGCAGUAUUUGAGAAUGAAGAACGUUUACGACAGGCAGUUGAAAUGUAUGGCAAGGCUUCAAGACUUUUAGUCAAAGGUCGUAGGCUAGAUGAGGCAGCAGUAUCUCUGCAGAAAGAAAAGAGUAUUUAUAAAGAUAUUGAAAACUAUCCAACAUGUUACAAGAAAACUAUUGCUCAGGUCUUAGUUCAUCUUCACAGAAACGAUUACGUUGCUGCAGAAAAAUGUGUCAGGGAGAGCUGUAGCCUUCCAGGCUUCAGAGAAAGCGAGGACUGUGCAGCAUUGGAACAGUUACUAGAAGGGUAUGAUCAACAAGACCAGGACCAAGUAUCAGAUGUAUGCAAUUCACCACUCUUUAAGUACAUGGACAAUGAAUAUGCCAAGCUUGGUCUCUCGUUGGGUGUCCCAGGUGGAGGGAUAAAGAAGAAAUCCCCAGUCACUCCACAGGGCAAAGCAGAGAGGCCAGUCGUGCCGGGUGCCCAUGGGAAUGAGGAAGAUGAUGACUAUGCAGGCGGACUGUGCUAAUCGCAGUUAAGUGCUAAUCUCAGAUAUCAGGCUGGCCAUUGAGCAAAUUCCAAAUGCUCCUGAAUUAUAUUAUUUUGUUGCAAAAACCAAACCAAAAAGAUUAUAACAACUUGUCAUUUUGGGGAAAACUUGUAUGAAAAAGUGUGGCUGUAUCUUUAAAGCAUUUCUGGGCUACAGUCUUAAAUCUUACAUAUUUUCAAUGCAUCUGCUUUAAUAAAGAAAUUGAGUGCUCCAGUCUUCUCUAAUAGAGAAGAAGCAUGUUUGGAAGAUAGUAUUUAUUUUCAAUAUUUAUCUCCAAAUGUCUUAUGGCCCUUUGUUUUAUGAGCCAGUGCCAUUUGAUAGCUCUGCACAAGGUUGGAGUUUUAAGAGAGAAAUUUCUGAAUCCGGCAGAAUUGUGAUUUGUUGCGCAUUGUAAACAAGAUCCCUAAACUGCUGACAGCAACUUAAACCAUGAUGGAUACCCCUUAGCCCUUUUAGACAGACUCUUUGAGGGUGUAGAAGCAUAUCUGCAAAAUGUACAAGAGUUCUGAAGCCAAUAUUAAAAAAAUACAGACUUUGGUGUAUUUUUUAAGAAAAAUGUUACCAUUUCUUCCUGUAAUAUUGCUAUGAAUAAAAAGAAGAAACCCGAUUCCCUUUUGGAUGUAGACAAAUUAUAGCUAUGAGUCUUUCCAGUUUAUUCUGUGAAAAUGGAAAUUCAAAAUGGUAGUGUAGAAAUAGUGGCAAAUUAUGAAUCUGUUUAUUUUAAGAAAGCAGAAUUCCAGCAAGAAAGUAUAGAUUGGCUAUUUUGAAUCCGAAAGGGCUGGCACCUUGCAUUAUUUGUAUCCACAGUUGAUUCUGCACAGAUAAAUUUUUGCAAGUGUCUAGAUUUCUUUGUAAAGUGGUGUGUCUCCUACAUCCUUGCACUCGUUGCUGCACUUUGUGCAGUGAAUUCAGGCAGUUGUUAACUAGUUCUUCACUUCAGUCUGGUUUAAUGAUAUAGGUAAACAGCUGAAAAUACAGGAUUACAUUGUAAUCUAUACAUGUGAGAUGUCUGUAAUCUAUACAUGUGAAAUGGCACUGAAUAUAGCCCCUCUGCUGAUCUUGAUAAUGCAUUAGUAAUUAAACUCUUGGAGAACAUCUUAUUUAUGUCCUGAGCCAUAUCAUCACAUCAGAAGGAUCAUGAAAUGUAUUUAUUAACAUUCCUACUAGUUUUCUUUAUGAAAAUGGAUUGAUUUAACUUCAAGAAUAUGCUUUCAUGUUAAAUGAAUACAUUGUCAUAUUGCUGUUUUUGUCUAGUAUGUAAUUAUUAAUAACAGGAUUAUCUCAGCAAAAUGUUGUGUUUUAUUUAGAAAGACUGUAGGCCCUUUAAAUCCAUAUUCAAAAUAAGUAAGGUACCCGCUGAGUGUAAGGUUUAAACCCAGGCCCAAACAAAAACUUCAUUUUGCACAGAAACUCUAGGGAUAUAAAAUAUCAUUAAAACAUUAUUGUAGUGAUGUUUCUAAGAUCAGAAUUUGUGGAAAUGGAUGUAGCUUAAACUUCCUUUUUACCUCCUGACCUUCAUUUCAGGUGAUUAAUAAUAAUAAUAAACAUAUUAUCUUUAUUAAAUGUUAAGUUAUAAUGCACACUUUCUGAAUAAUAGGUGUUUAGUGUAUGUUUUCCAACACACAUUUUUUGACAAAGAUUGAAAUGUGGCAAGGAGAAACAUUUUGGGAAAUAAGGCCAACUCUUCAAGAGACAAAACAGUACUUGGCUUGCAUGAGUGUGCUAAAAUCCAUUAUGAAGGUAAAUAAUGAUAAUAAAUUAUUUGUCUGUACACCCAGGUAUGUGCAAAUUGUGUUUUAUGCAAUGUGAUCCUGUGCUUCAAUAGUAAUUCUGCCCAGUCUAUCUGUGGGUUGUAAUAAUACUAUGAAAAAACAUUGUAAUUUCCCUGUGGCUGCAGCUUCUCUGAAAAGAGUCCUGUAUUUUGCCUCUAAAAAAGAAAAAUAAAGCUUUAAAAUACAGA